UCUAUUCUGCCUAAUUCUAGAAAGAAGAAGAAGACCAAGUAGGAAGCAGUGCAGCAAAAGAGCAGAAAGCGUCUGUUUCAUUUCUGUCCACAGGUGUCUGUUUCCGCGGUCAGGGUGAAAGGAACGAUGUCGGUCCCGGUGUAGUGACCGCGGAACCAGCUGAUACAACGUACCGCAGUCUGGAGAGAAACAACAUGGCCGACGAAGCUGCUUUCCAGUUUUUACAUAACGAAGUGAUACAGUACAUUUACAAGUCAGCUGAGAGCGGAGAGACGGAGAAUGGGAGACAUAUCGCCAAACUGGAGAAUAUGGGAUUCAGGGUCGGCCAGGGGCUAAUAGAGAGACUAACAAAAGACACAGCACGGUUCAAAGACGAGCUGGACAUCAUGAAGUUCAUCUGUAAAGACUUCUGGACUUGUGUAUUCAAGAAGCAAAUCGACAACCUUCGGACCAAUCACCAGGGCAUCUAUGUUCUCCAGGACAACACUUUCCGCUUGCUGAGUCAGCUGUCAGCUGGGAAGCAGUAUCUGGAACACGCCCCAAAGUAUCUGUCCUUCUCCUGUGGUCUGGUGAGAGGAGCGCUGUCCAGUCUGGGGGUGAAGAGUAUUGUGACUGCUGAGGUGUCCAUCAUGCCUGCGUGUAAAUUCCAGAUCAUGAUCCAGAAAAUGUAGUGACUACCUUAGCCACGUAAACUCUGCACUCGUCUGCCUUCAUAUGUUCUUCAUAUUUUGUCAUUAAAGGGAAAUGCCUCCAUUUUUCAUCAUCAAAAUAUUCUCUUAUUCACUCUUAAAUUGCAGUUAGAAGUUAAAGUUUGCCAAAAGUUAGAUCCAAUCUUUAGAAGAGAAGAUUCACACACUUUCAAUGCCAUGAGGAUUUCUGAGAAUGAUUUUGUUAUCUCUUUUAUAUAAGUCUUGAUUCAUUAGAUGCAUGUGUAAGUAUUCUCAUUAUGGAAGGUGUAUGGACCCUCUGGUGACAGGAGGUAAAAUGUCAAGUUUGUAAUGAUACCGAGUAAAGUGUGAAUCCAUUUUAAUAAAUGAUCAAAUGUAUCAAAUUAUCAAAA